GUUUCGGUAGCAAUGAAGCUCACUAUUGCAUCCAUCUACCAUUCCCUGCCUCCCUUACACCACCUCGAUUUCUUCCCUGUACGUAUUUUGUCGCCGCCGUCAGAAUUUCGAUCCCGAGCUUCCUGCCUCCUGUCUACACCUCGAGUCGAUGGAAGUCUCGUUACAAGAACGCACAUCUAGACGCAGGCGACCUUGCCCAGCACUUGACGCCAGGGUAAACAGCAAGCGCCGACAGCAAGACUCGUACACCAUGUCAUCUUGACCUUUCUCCGAAACUCUCUUCUCGACAUUAUAACCAUGUCGCGGCCGCCUGCUGCUCGCUCUUCGGUCGCAUCUGGCCUUGCGCCUCCACCACCUCCAGGCUAUCCCGUCAGUGCCCAUGGCUCAACUGUCUUCGCUCCUCCUCCCCUCUCUGCCGCGCCCACAAACCUAAGUCGUCCACAAUCACGUCUCGAGCCACCUCCUCUGGCUUCAACAAUGGGGCCUAUGCCUGGCACGCUUGAAAGACCCAUCCAUGGCCCCAAAAAGCGCCUGAUCGUGACCUGCGACGGAACUUGGCUCGACGCUGACAACGGCCUUGUAAACGGGCAUAAACAGCCCCCAUCGAACGUCUCGCGCAUAGGUUGGGCAAUCAAAGACACAUCGCGCGACGGGAUCCCUCAAAUCGUGAAUUACCAGGCUGGCGUCGGAACCAUGGGUGGCCCCGCGGCACGUGCAGUCGGAGGAGCCACAGGGUUGGGGUUGAAGGAAAAUAUGCGCAUGUCAUACACGUACCUGGCUGUGAAUUGGCGCUCCGGCGACGAGAUAUUCCUCAUGGGGUUUUCUCGUGGUGCGUUCACGGCGCGGUCGGUGGGCGGCAUGGUCGGCGCAUUGGGUCUACUCACGCGAAGCGGGCUGCCUUAUUUCAACGAGAUUUUCGAGGACUGGGAACACCGCGCCGACGAUCGAUACGUCUCACAGUUUCCUGACAUCCCAUUCCCCGAGAAGGGAAGAUUUGACGACCGCUACGUGCAGGAGUUGGCGCGGCGUGGAUUGACAACGUUGAACGUCCCGAUCAAGGCGAUGUGCUGCUGGGACACGGUCGGUGCUCUCGGUAUCCCUCGCGUGCCCUGGCUUGAGAGUCUGAGACUACAGCCGCGCGGCAUGCAUGCCUACGAAUUCUACGACACGACAUUGCACCCGUGUAUUGAGAACGCGUUCCAGGCUUUAGCGCUGGACGAACGAAGAGCUCCGUUCACUCCGGCGUUGUGGGAGAAGCGGGACAAUCACAGGACGAAUCUCGUCCAGUGCUGGUUUCCGGGAGCACAUAGCAACGUUGGUGGCGGCUACGAAGACCAGCAGCUGGCGGACAUCACCUUGGCGUGGAUGAUCUCGAAACUCGAACCAUUCCUGGACUUCAGGCCGAAUUGUCUGAUGGGACUGUGGGAGGAAAAUCGCACUUACUACAAGCAAACGAGACAGAAGACGAGAUGGUGGAGUUUUGGCGAGAUAUUCGAUACCGUCAAGGGACUUUACGCAUUGGCCGGCGCGAAGACGAGGACUCCUGGGAAUUACUUCCGCUCGGACCCUAACACGGGACGGACUACCAGCAAGAGAUUACGCGGGACCAACGAGUUCAUCCACGCCUCUGUGCGCGCGAGACUGGGGCUGCAGGGCCCGGGAGUCCAAGAUCGUGGCAACUACGAUCCACCUGCCCUACGAGAUUGGACGUUCGAUGUGGAAUAUGUCGGACCGGGGCACGGCGGAAAUCAAGAUGGAUUGAUGGUGAUGUGGAACAACCACGGGCACUCGUUGCGGGGGAAGGGGGAGAAAGGGGGGCAGGACAGGAUCCCCGAAGAGAAGCUGUCCGAAACCGAACUGGUGCUCUUGAGGCAGAGUCCUCGUGUCUACGACUAUGUCACGCAGUUACGGCCGACUGGUGGACCGGGCGGGAAGAGGAGAUCUCGAAGACACGGGCAGAAUGGUAUGCCGAACGGACCGGGUCCGCCUCCGCCAGGAAUGAGCCCAUACGGAGUGGGUGGAAUGCAACAGCCCCCGCCUGGGUCUUUUGUUGGAGGCCCUCCGCCACCGCCUGGGGGCAUGAACGGGAGACGCAGUGGAAGGUCACUGAACGCCGACGCCUCGCCGGAUAGCGACGACAGUAGGGAACGCGACAGGGCGAGACGGCACCGGAGACGACGAGAGAGCGGAGAUGCAGAUCGCCAUAGACGGCGGCGCAGUCGCAGGUAUGAUGAUGAUGAGUAGAGAAUUGAGGGCUGAGAAGGGUGUUUUUUUUUUUUUCU